AACAAAAUCGAAUGCGAACGAAAGUCUGACUGGGAUUGCCAAGUGGACACCAACGCCGUACAACAAACAACCCAUUCAUUCAUUCAUUCCUUGCCGUGAGUGAGUAACAACCUCAACCCAACAAACCCAAACCCUAAUUCUCAUUUCUCCCCCAAUUUUUGUUUUUUUUCUUUCUCUUCGUGUCACCUGCAUAUAUACAACACAACCCUCUUCCCCCACCCCCCAAAAAAAUAUCCCCUUUAUUAAUCCCUCGUGUCACAUACACAAAUUAUUUUCCUUUUUUUUUUUUUGAAUUAAUUGUUUAAUUUUCGCUUGUUUUCUUUGUUUUCAACACCCCCGUAGAUCAGGUUUCCACACCACGCUUCUUUUGCUUCAUUCGACGAAUGGUUUAGUGUAUAAAUUUUUGGAAGGUAAAAGUACCUUACCUACCUGUCUGAAAGCAUGGGCAGCAGUGACGUCGAUAAACCGUUAAAAGAAAAAGAGCCUAAGACGCCUCCAGCGGCUACGUCACAGGAGCAAACAUCAACGACAACUGGCACUGCGGCAGUUAAUCCUGACUGGGCUAACUAUCAGGCAUAUUCGCAUAUACCUCCACCUGGAUUCAUGGCAUCAAGUCCCCAAGCCCACCCAUAUAUGUGGGGUGUUCAGCAUAUUAUGCCUCCCUAUGGCACCCCACCACAUCCUUAUGUUGCAAUGUAUCCCCAUGGUGGCAUAUAUGCCCAUCCAUCCAUGCCUCCGGGAUCUUAUCCUUUUAGUCCUUUUGCCAUGCCUUCUCCAAAUGGCAUGGUGGAUGCUUCAGGGAAUACUCCAGGCAGCAGUGAAGCUGAUGGUAAACCUCAUGAGGUGAAGGAAAAAUUACCAAUCAAAAGAUCAAAAGGAAGUUUGGGUAGUAUGAAUAUGGUUCCAGUUCCAGGAAAAAAUAAUGAACUAGGUAAAACACCAGGGGUUUCUGCCAAUGGAAUUCAUUCAAAAAGUGGUGAGAGUGCAAGUGAAGGUACUAGUGAAGGAAGCGAUGAAAACUCCCAUAAUGACUCUCAAUUGAAAUCUGGGGAGAGGCAGGAUUCUUAUGAAGAUGAACCCUCUCAAAAUGGCAGUUCAGUGCAUGCUCCUCAAAAUGGGGUACUUAAUACACCUCAUACAGUUGUUAAUCAAACUAUGUCUGUCGUACCUAUGUCUGCUGCUGGUCCUCUCACAGCAGUUCCUGGUCCCACUACUAAUUUAAAUAUAGGAAUGGAUUAUUGGGGAACACCAACUUCAUCUACCAUGCCUGCAAUGCAUGGAAAGGUUCCUUCUGCUGCAGUGGCUGGAGGGAUGGUAAAUGCUGGGUCACGAGAUGUCCACUCACAACUUUGGUUACAGGAUGAAAGAGAGCUUAAAAGACAAAGGCGGAAGCAGUCCAAUAGGGAAUCUGCACGCAGGUCCAGGUUGCGAAAGCAGGCUGAAUGUGAUGAACUAGCUCAGCGGGCUGAAGUUUUGAAUGAAGAAAAUGCCUCUCUCCGUGCUGAACUGAACCGGAUCAAGAGUGAGUACGAGAAGAUACUUUCUGAGAAUGCAGCUCUCAAGGAGAGACUCGGGGAGAUACCAAGGACUGAGGAUCUUGGCCCGGGCCAGAAUGAUCAGCAUGUUGAAGCUACUCAACAGAGUGGUUAGACAGAAGGCUGUGCAGGGUGUUCAUUAGAAUCUAGCUUCCUUCUUGAUGUUGCUUUUCAGGAAGAUAACCUAACCAAAUAGCAACAAGUUAUUGUUUUUGGAUAGCUUCUAGUUAAAAUUGUACCAAAGGCAACAAUCCUAUGUAAUAUUAGGAACGGUUUAUGCUAUAUGAUCCCUCAUUCCUAAUUUAUCUUGCUUUUGACAGCCAAAAACAACCUAGAUUGUAGGUAGGGUGUGAAUACUGAUUCAUGCCUUAUCUAUCUGCUGCUUUGAAAGUUAGUGUUGGCACUAAGAAAUAUGGUUAGUGAACCUUAGUAUUGUCCAUUAUAUGGAUUGUUGUGCUUCUGUGCAAACAAUUCACGGGGAAGUAUAGUUAAGAUAUAUUUACCACUUUGUACUUAAUGAGAUUUUGGACUUUAAAGCUCGGGAUUGAUUAGAAUGUGUCUACGUUGGAGAUUUUGCUAA